AAAAAAAAAAAACCAAAGACACACAAACAAUCUUGUUUUUAGUAUAAUUUAAAAAAAAAUGGCGGAGACGCCAGAAACAACAACAACAACAACCAAGGCAAUGCCGGAGAAGAAAAAAGAGCAAACGUUGCCGUUUUAUAAACUGUUUUCAUUUGCAGACAAACUUGAUUGUUUUCUAAUGAUUGUUGGUACUAUUGGUGCUGUCAUUCAUGGAUCCUCCAUGCCAUUUUUCUUCCUUUUGUUUGGUCAAAUGGUCAAUGGUUUUGGCAAAAAUCAAUCUGAUUUACAUACCAUGACUCAUGAAGUCUCCAAGUAUGCUUUGUAUUUUGUUUAUCUCGGAUUGGUCGUGUGUGUAUCUUCCUACGCAGAAAUAGGAUGUUGGAUGUAUACUGGAGAAAGGCAAGCGAGUGCAUUAAGGAAAAGGUACUUGGAAGCAGUUUUGAAACAGGAUGUCGGAUUUUACGAUACGGAUGCUAGAACGGGCGAUAUUGUUUUUAGCGUAUCGACUGAUACACUGCUUGUUCAAGAUGCCAUUAGCGAAAAGGUGGGAAACUUUAUCCAUUAUUUAUCAACAUUUUUGGCCGGAUUGGUGGUUGGUUUCGUGUCCGCAUGGAAGCUAGCUCUUCUUAGUGUUGCAGUAAUUCCAGGGAUCGCAUUUGCAGGCGGCUUAUACGCUUAUACACUUACAGGUCUCACUUCUAAAAGCCGUGAAUCGUAUGCCAAUGCUGGCAUCAUCGCUGAGCAGGCUAUUGCACAAGUAAGAACAGUGUACUCGUAUGUCGGUGAGACCAAGGCCCUUGACUCGUAUUCAGAUGCAAUACAACACACUCUUAAACUCGGUUACAAGGCCGGUAUGGCAAAGGGUUUGGGACUGGGAUGUACGUAUGGAAUUGCGUGUAUGUCAUGGGCGCUUGUGUUCUGGUAUGCCGGGGUUUUUAUUAGGAACGGGCAAACAGAUGGUGGAAAAGCGUUCACUGCUAUUUUCUCUGCUAUUGUUGGUGGCAUGAGUUUGGGUCAGUCGUUUUCGAAUCUUGGAGCAUUCAGCAAAGGCAAAGCUGCUGGUUAUAAGCUUUUGGAAAUUAUUAACCAAAAGCCAACUAUAGUUCAGGACUCUACAGAUGGGAAGUGUUUAUCGGAGGUUAAUGGCAAUAUCGAGUUUAAAGAAAUAUCUUUCAGUUAUCCUUCAAGGCCAGAUGUCCUUAUCUUUAGAAAUUUCUCCAUUUUCUUCCCUGCUGGAAAGACGGUAGCUGUGGUUGGUGGUAGUGGAUCUGGUAAAAGCACUGUUGUCUCACUGAUCGAAAGGUUUUACGACCCUAAUCAAGGGCAAAUAUUAUUAGACAAUGUGGAUAUUAAAACCCUGCAGCUACGAUGGUUACGCGAUCAAAUUGGUCUAGUGAAUCAAGAACCUGCACUUUUUGCUACAACUAUCCUCGAGAACAUACUUUAUGGAAAGCCCGAUGCAACCACAGCUGAAGUCGAGGCUGCAACCUCUGCAGCCAAUGCUCAUAGUUUCAUCACCUUACUUCCAAAUGGCUACAAUACUCAAGUAGGGGAGCGUGGGGUCCAGCUGUCUGGUGGCCAAAAACAGAGAAUUGCAAUCGCUAGAGCAAUGUUGAAAAACCCAAAAAUCCUCCUCCUUGAUGAAGCAACCAGUGCCCUUGAUUCAGGUUCCGAGAGCAUCGUUCAAGAAGCUCUUGAUCGGUUAAUGGUUGGAAGAACAACGGUUGUGGUUGCACAUCGGUUAUCUACCAUAAGAAAUGUUGAUUCAAUAUCAGUCAUUCAACAAGGACAAAUUGUGGAGUCAGGAACACAUGAAGAACUAAUUUCAAAACCAGGAGCCUAUGCAUCUUUAAUAAGAUUCCAAGAAAUGGUGGGAAAUCGAGACUUUUCAAAUCCUUCAACUCACCGUACACGUUCAUCACGUUUGAGCAAUUCAUUGUCAACAAAAUCUCUUAGCCUCAGGUCCGGGAGCUUAAGAAAUUUAAGCUAUCAAUAUAGUACAGGUGCUGAUGGGCGUAUAGAAAUGAUAUCCAAUGCUGAAACAGAAAGAAAAAAUCCAGCUCCAAGAGGGUAUUUUUUUCGCCUUCUGAAAUUGAAUGCUCCUGAAUGGCCUUAUUCGAUAAUGGGUGCUGUAGGAUCAAUUCUAUCUGGAUUUAUUGGUCCAACUUUCGCUAUUGUAAUGAGUAAUAUGAUUGAAGUUUUUUACUUCAAUAACCCUGCUCGAAUGGAAAGAAAAACCAAGGAGUAUGUUUUCAUAUACGUUGGAGCCGGCUUAUACGCUGUCGUUGCAUACUUAAUCCAACAUUACUUCUUUAGUAUUAUGGGAGAGAACCUUACUACGAGAGUAAGACGAAUGAUGCUUUCAGCGAUAAUGAGGAAUGAAGUUGGAUGGUUCGAUGAGGAGGAGCAUAAUUCUAGUUUAGUCGCAGCACGUCUAGCCACAGAUGCUGCAGAUGUGAAAUCAGCAAUAGCUGAGAGGAUUUCGGUUAUACUGCAGAACAUGACAUCUCUUCUCACUUCAUUUGUAGUUGCAUUCAUUGUAGAAUGGAGGGUCUCACUUCUCAUCCUUGGCACUUUCCCUCUUCUUGUUCUUGCCCAUUUUGCUCAGCAACUUUCUCUCAAAGGAUUCGCUGGAGACACAGCAAAAGCACAUGCAAAAACGAGCAUGAUCGCAGGGGAAGGAGUAAGCAACAUUCGAACAGUUGCAGCCUUCAACGCCCAAGACAAGAUCCUUUCAUUAUUCUCUGCUGAACUUAGUGUUCCUCAGAAACAAAGCCUACGUCGUAGUCAGUUCUCUGGCAUUCUCUUUGGUAUCUCUCAACUCGCUCUUUUUGCAUCUGAAGCUCUAAUCUUAUGGUAUGGUGCACACCUUGUUACAAAAGGCCUUUCCACUUUCUCCAAAGUGAUCAAGGUGUUUAUCGUUUUGGUUAUCACGGCAAACUCAGUAGCUGAGACCGUUAGCCUUGCUCCUGAGAUCAUUAGAGGUGGUGAAGCCAUUGGGUCGGUAUUUUCAAUUCUAGAUAGAUCUACACGAAUUGACCCGGAUGAUCCUGAUGCUGAUAUGGUUGAAACAAUCCGGGGUGAGAUUGAACUACGUCAUGUAGACUUCUCAUAUCCUUCAAGACCUGAUGUAAUCGUUUUCAAGGACUUUAGUCUAAGAAUACGGGCUGGCCAGAGUCAAGCCCUAGUGGGAGCUAGUGGUUCGGGUAAAAGUUCAGUUAUUGCUUUGAUAGAGCGGUUCUAUGACCCGACUGCAGGAAAAGUUAUGAUUGAUGGGAAAGAUAUAAGACGGUUAAAUCUAAAGUCUCUUCGUUUAAAAAUUGGGUUAGUCCAACAAGAACCUGCACUAUUCGCGACAAGUAUAAUGGAGAACAUUGCAUACGGAAAAGACGGAGCUACAGAGGCAGAGAUUAUUGCAGCUGCAACUGCAGCAAAUGUGCAUGCAUUUGUUAGUGGUUUGCCCGAAGGGUAUAAAACUCCGGUAGGUGAAAGAGGAGUUCAACUCUCGGGUGGACAAAAACAAAGAAUCGCAAUUGCCCGAGCAGUUCUAAAAAACCCGACAAUUCUCUUACUAGACGAAGCCACAAGUGCUUUAGAUGCUGAAUCUGAGUGCGUGCUUCAAGAAGCACUAGAAAGACUAAUGAGGGGACGAACCACAGUUCUGAUAGCCCAUCGUUUAUCAACAAUCCGAGGGGUUAACAGUAUUGGUGUGGUCCAAGAUGGUCGAAUCGUGGAACAAGGUAGCCAUGGUGAUCUUAUAAGCCGACCCGAGGGGGCUUACUCUAGGCUCUUGCAACUACAACAACAUCGCAUAUGAUUAUAAAAGGGGUUGGUUUAUGUAGACAAAAAUAGUAGGUAAAUUGUGCAUGUUUUUGGUCUCCAAUCGUUAUGUGAUGUAUAAGCCUUAGGUUUCAUUUGUUUGUUCGAUUGGUUCCAUCUUAACUACCCUCCCCUCAACAUUUUGUAAUUGAAUGCUUGUGUUGUUUUGUAUUAUAUAUUUUUUGCAUAUUCAACAUCAA